AGAUAGGACCGUGUGACGUCACAAGUUGACAGUCUUGAUAAACAGGGCAAGUAAAUGGUGGAAAGACCCUCUGGGAAGGCUGGUCUUUGGUAAUCAAACCCUGCCUGGCCUGGCCUUAGAUACGAAUUAAGGCUCCGGUGAACGUCACCCGACACGCCGGGUCAACAGAGUGCCUCCAAUCCACUCUGUCUUUCUCUCUGGUCCCUGCGUGUAAACACUAGGAUCAGCCUAGCAUUGGACCCCAAGGGAGAUCCACCCAAGCUUACCGGUCCCCAAUGCCCUAACCCGGGUUGGGUGGCUUAGCACGAAAAAAUAACACGUCUAUAUACCAUCCAACCAGUUUUUGUGGCUCUCAAGGACGUCGGAUUGGGAGUAAAAAACACCAACUGCUCUGAUUCUUUGUUUGGUAUGGCUGGGACGUACGGGAAGUGGUGAGGGAUCCGGAUCUCGAGCUCACUGUAACAAUCAUGGGUGUGACAAUCCAAGGAAUGGGGUGGGGGUGCGUUCUCCUCUUGAUCGGAUUGUGCGUGGGAAACGUGGAACAAGCCACGACUCAGUCCGAGCGAUAUCGCCAGUUUCAUCGACGGAUUAGUCAUGAAGUGGAGAGUCUGUUUGCUCCCCGGUCCUUUAGCCAAUGGAUGCGAGAACGUCCGAGCUCGGCCUUGAAUGAUUACCACCUGCCGGAGUUGUGGGAAGAUGUCAAUCAGGCAUUCCAAAGCCGAUUGAGUCUCUAUCGAGAUAUCCUACGAUCUUCGACCCACGCCAUGCAUACGGCCCUCACAGAUCAGGACUCUCACCCUUUGGAUGUAUCGUCCGAUUCAUUGAAUGUGCUGGCGUGCUGCGAUGUCGACGCCCAUGAGCUUCAGCAUGAUAGGACCUUUGGCAUGGGCGUGAACGCGGGAUUCGCUUGCCAAUUGCCGAGCCAAUCCGUGUGGGGUUCAGGGCCCGCAGCCCGAUUGACGGAACUCUUUCAAGACCAAAUGCAUUCUUACGCGGGACACGGUUUGCGAUGGCAAUUUGUGAUGGAUCAAGCCGGGCGGCAGUUGGAAUACCCGACCUCGAAAUUGGGAUCAGCGGGUGUUUGUGGACUCAGUGGUGACACCCGACAUCGUGAUGCCUAUCGUCACACGUUUCAGCCGGGUCCAAGGCCCAUCCUGGUAAUCCUGGAUCGCGAUCUUCGCCUAGAUGAAUUCGAGGUAGCCCGGGGCGUGGUUCGAUAUGUAGGAGCGAUUCUGUCAGAAUCCGAUAGUUGGGGUGUGAUUGCCUUAUCCGAUGGGAUGUACUUUCCCCUCUCACCGGAUUGUAGUUUUCAAAAACUCGUCCCCGCUUCUCCAGAAGCCAAAUUAGAGCUGCUGAAGUUCAUCAAUGUGGUUCAACCCUCGUCCUCUCCGAGUGACCUUAGCAUGGCUUUAAAAGCUAUUCCUACCCUCCUACAUAAUACCCUAAAUUUACCUGAAGACUGUGAGUUGAAUUUGAUUGUGAUCACUUCUAAGGACCUUGAUAACGAUAAUCACACUCAUUUCUGGCGGACCUUGAGCCAAACUAGCCACAAAACGACUUCCAAGAUCGCUGUGCACAAAGUGUUAAUCCGUUCUCCCGGCAUGGAUUCCAAAUUUCAUGCGCGUUGGCAUCCCAAAAAACGGUCCAACCAAGAAGAUGCCAAUUGGCAAGUUGUGAAUACGUUUAUGCUCAAUUCCACCAAGAAUAUUGGCAUGGUUUUGGGGAACCUACUCCAUCAGGCAGACGAGCAAUCCGUACCUCAGCUUGAAGAGCAGUCGCCGUUGAUGUCAUGGGAGCCCUUAAGAGCCCAAACUACGUUCACCUUUUCAAAGGUUGUGCCUGUUCCGGAUUGGCGAAACUUGAUGUAUGGAUUCGAAGUGAGUGCGGUUGACUUCUUGGAAGACUAUUUGCAGUUUCCUCAUUCCGUCGAUUCGUUUGUGAUUUUGGCCGAAAAGUCUCCUUAUGAUUUGAACGUUAUAUACCACCCACUCGUGUUUUCCGAGUUCAAGUAUACUAGAGCAAAUUUCGAAAGUGUGAUGCAACUGAAAAAUUGGUCGGAGAUCAAGCAAGCAGUGCUGAGCCAAAGCUCAGGUCAAAUGAGCGUUGAACCAGGACUUCAGAAAUCGAAACUCAGUCACUCUAAUCCUCAACGUACAUUGAGAUUGCUCUGGAAAUGGAUUGACGAGUCCAAUUACGUCUCUUUGUUAAUCAUGGACCCUGUCGAAUCAAGUCGGGCGAGAUUUUCCUACCAACCCGGAGAUUUUGACCAACUAUCAUUGCCUAUGCCUCUGUAUCCAACGCAUGAUGUAACUGAACUCAAGGGGAUUUGUCGACUCUAUCAUUCCCUGGCAACGAUGCAGACGAGUUCACUCCAUUUUGCACCUUCAGCCUUCGUUCUUCCGCCUCGUCAUCGUAUGAACAACCAAGACCAAUUGAUCAAAAAUUGGCUAGCCUACUUUGCAGAUCAAACUGGUUUGAUUUCCAACCCUGGGUUCAAAUCCAAUAUCAAAAGAGACGUUGUGACCCUCACCAAGACUAUGGAUUUGCUCUUGAGUAGUAAACGAGAGGUGAAGACAUCGCCGGGAUUAGUGAGAAGAUACGUUGCAACCCAAUCCGGCAUUCUCGUAUGUUUCCCGGGUAAAUUUGACCCAGGGUUGGACUUCACCCAGCAAACUUGGUUCAUUAAUGCCAUACGCAAUCCUGAUCGCGUCAUGUUUACUGCACCUUAUUUGGACCCCUUGGGGGCGGGCUACAUCGUAACACUCAGUCUAGCUCUAGCAAUUCAAAAUUCGAGCUAUAUUGUUUUCGGGGCAGACGUUGGUUUGAGUUUCUUGGAUGAUAUCUUGCACUCAUCUGUGAGCGACUGUCAAGAAUUGAACGUUAAAUGUGUUCUAUUUGGCCAUGACGGAUAUUUGUCCCAUCAUCCUCUCAUGGUGGAUCCUGUCUACAUUGGUCCCAUUCAGGGUGUUCAUAUCCUUCAACAAGAGCCAAAACUAGGGAAAGAAUUCCUAGAUUACAAAUCUUUUGCCGAGAAGAAAUUUUGCAAAAGCAUUGUUGAUGAAAUUCUCCAGAGCUACUACCGUUUCAAUCAAAAACAAAAUCAAAUCAUUCAGGACUCAGAGUCCUCUUGGUACUCCGUGAUGGCCGUUGAAUCAACUAACCUAUUUAUGGCCGUUGUUAACUAUACUCGAGACUCUACCAAUGUAUUCUGUCCAUGCAACAUCAACAGUCGAAAAUGUCUCUACUGUCCAAGUGACAUCCGAGAAGCACUUCAUAGUUGUGAAUGUCCGUGCGAAUGUCCACUUCGACGUGAGCAAUGUCCAGAUAUUGACCAAGGCUCCGCCACCGUCGCUCACCUACCUCUUUGUCCCCGACAAGAGCAAAUGAAAGAGAUCUCGCCUAUGAUAAUGGAAUCCUUCAACCACGACGAAUUCAAUGCUCUACCCAAAUGUGUUCUUUCCGAAUGCUCGUCAUUUAUAGCCAAGGAUAUUUGUAAUGCUGAUCCAGAGUGCUCCUGGUGUCAAGUGGAGAUAGAAGUCGAUCCCGAAAUGUCUUCUCCUUCAUUUGUGCCCCUAUCCAAGCCUUUUUGCGGUGACAAGCAUCAAUGCUUUCGCGGAGCGGCUGGGACAGCCAGUCCAUACGAAAUUCACAAACGUAGUAAAAUGCUGAGGGAUCGAGCUGAUUUCAACGACACAUCCGCUGUAGGCUCUAUUGCGGGGAGCAUUGUGAUGUUCUUUGUUUUCAUGGCCUUUUCCGUCUUUUGCUAUCGCAAUCGUCAAACCAAUGGAGGCGUUAUGGGGAUGUGCGGCUCUCGUUUGAUUCGCUCGGAUAGCUACAACACACGCACAACCAUGCACAGUAUUGAGGACAUCGGGGAUGACCACCUAGAUACCCAACCCCUGGAUGGAGUCCACUACAAUGCCGUGGCCUUGCAAUGCACCGAUGACGGAAAUUUGAUAUCACCGUAUAACAUGAAUCCAGAAUAUCGCCGUCCGCCUCCCGGAACGGAUUCAGAUCAUGGUUACUCCACAGUGACCCCGAUGGGCGAUAUCGAAUCAGAAAUCAGCCCUUGUUACGAGCAAUCCGGUCCCAGCCGUGCACGAUUAUCCUACCGACCUCCCCCUAGCUUACAGAGCGUUACGUCUGGAAUAUCGUCUCGGGCAUCUUCUCCGACACCGUCUUCCGUUUAUGGAAAACCUGGGUCCGCAGUGGCCCGAAACUUUGUGUCCCAUGUCGGGAAAAGUGUUUCCUCAGAAAGUGACAGUAAUUCUGAGCCUCAUUCAGCUCUAAAACGAGCAACAUUGAUGGCAAAUCCAGCCAACACCACCAACACCAACACCACCCAACUUCCACUCAGUGGACUUCUUCCCAAUCAAAUCGUCGUGUCAGCCACCGUGCAUCAAGUGGACAUCCAUUAGCUUUUGUUAGACAAUCUUCCACCGUCUUUUUACUGGAUUGUUUUUCAACGAAACUUUUUGUAUUUACUUACAUGAUUCUAUACGAAGUAUUGAACUAGAGAUAUGCUUCAGAUUCGAUCUGUUGGUGUCUCGUGUCAAACCAACUGUGAGUCAAGUGUCCGUGCACAUUUGUCGCAAUAUGAUCUCAACCAUUGUUGUCAGUAAUAUACAUAUGUAGGUGUCUAAAUAAAUCUUACAAUGUUUGAUCCCGUGUGACACCAAUUUACUAUGUUACCUAUUCCAGGUUUCUGAGUAUCAUCUUUUUUACUCGAUAAUAAACGCUACAGCAGCCAA